GCUACCUGAGAUGUCGUUGUGGCAGGGAUCAGGUGGAAUUAGUGUAGAUAAACGAUGUAUUUCCCGAUUGGAUGGCCUAAAUAUCUAAAAGAAGCACAGAGAAAUUCCCCACCACUCCAAUAUGUUAUCAGUAACUGUGAUCGAAUGCUAUUUGCUGUCCUUACGGAGGAUACUUUGAGUAUUUGGUAUUGUAAGCCCACAGUACAGAUUGUGAACUACACCCAGUCACAGCGCGACCUUGCCUCCCUAGGGGGAUUCUGCCUGGCAGAAUGGAAGCCCGACUCUUCUAUGAUCGCGGUCAUGACGACCAAGCAACAUGUGAUGUUUUUCAAAGUGGACCUGGACAUUUCGGUUGCCAACCAUCACUGUCUGUAUGUACAGCAGGAGGGCAGAGCCCACCCGUCCAAACAGGACUUGAAUGGUAUCCCGGACAGUGACAGUGUUCCGGCCAUCAAACUGACCGCUGUGUUCCAGCUCAAGCUCUCCAGCCAAAUAACAUGGUGUUUAUGUGUGAGAGAGGAGCUAGUGGUUGCCACCGCUGAUGGAUCUUUGAACCGGGUCAAAUGGAAUGGCACUCUCAACGCCAAGGCUCGCCUAGUCCUUCAAGAUAUCCCUGUAUCACUAGACUUCCAGAAAACUAAAGCUGCCAAGCUGACGGCAGAUGACGGCCAUGUGGUCCACAUGGAGUAUAGCCCUAUCAUUGGUGGCUACAUCAUGGUGCUGUCAAGUGGGCGUGGCUUGUUUGUCAUGCCGCCCUCCUCACGGGUCGACAACAGCGUGGCUCAGGGUGUUUGGGUACAGGACUUGAAGGAUGCCAACUGUCUAUGUGUGAACCACCGGUACAGGUUGAUGGCCUUUGGCUGUUGCAGCGGUCAUGGACAUGUGUAUGUUAUCAAUGAAUUGGAAGGAACUCUAGAACUGUCACAUAAGCUGACCGUGUCCAGCAGGGAUUAUCCAGAUGCAGCACAGACUGCAGGGCCGGUACGCUGCCUGAAAUGGACACCAGAUGGCACUGCAUUAGCAAUGUGCUGGAGAAAUGGUGGUUUUUCCCUGUGGAGUGUGUUUGGCUCCUUGUUGGUGUGUUCUCUUGGCGGAGACUACUGUUUCCCAAAUGAUGGUGUACGUCUGUUCCCGCCUCCCAUCCGCUCAUUGGAGUGGGGCCUGGAGGGCUAUCAGUUGUGGAUGGUAUGUGAGACGGUAGAGACGGAGGAGGAGGGGUAUGUCGGUUACCAUGGACACCGGGAUAUGUCCCACAUCAUGCAGCUCCAGUUUGUAAAGAGUGCUUUAACCGUCAACCCAUGUAUGGCCAACCACGAGCAUGUUUUCCUACAAGGGGAAGACAAACUGUAUAUGAACACCAGUGAUGUUUCCCAGAAGUCUACUGGUCGCACAGAAUCUCACUUACUUGUGGGCAACAAACAUUGGCAGAUCAUACCCAUCUCCCAUAGCUACCUCGCCACCAACUGGCCAAUCAGGUAUGCGGCAGUGGACAGAAGUGGUCAGUAUCUGGCUGUGGCCGGUAAGACUGGACUUGCCCACUACAAUUUUCUCAACAGGAAAUGGAAGCUGUUUGGUAACGAGACGCAGGAGCGUGACCUAGUGGUGUCAGGGGGUAUGGCUUGGUGGAAAGACUUUAUAUGUGUGGCGUGUUACAACAUUGUGGGACAGAGAGAUGAGAUUAAGUGCUAUCCACGGAGCAGUAAACUAGACAAUACGUUUGCCAUUAGCACAAAGGUGCCUUCCCAGGUUCUGUUACUAAACACGUUCCGUGACAUUCUCAUUGUGUUCUGUAUAGACUCUCACAUCAUGUUAUACAACCUGGAGAGAAAGAAUACUCAGUCCAAUCCACUGUUGGACAUUAACAAGGUACAGGAGGUUUCCCUUAACAACUACGUUCCCCACCCCGUGUGUGUAACAGGUCUGGCCCUUACCUCACUGAAGACCGAGUAUGGUACAAGGUCACACCAUAACAACAAGGAGGCUGAGAGCCUUCUGCUGAGUGUGGCGGGGAAACUACUCAUGUUCCAGCGUGAUAUAUCAGGGCCACAGGUCAAUGAUCAAAAGUUGAAUCAAACUAAGCACAAACCGCCGCAGUUUUGUCCACCGUCAGUUGUAGCCACCAACGUGGAGAACAUGUGGACAACUUCACGAGCCAAUCAGGGUAAAAUGCAGCUAAUGGAGGCUUUGUGGUUGGGCUGUGGAGCUCAGGGAAUGAAAGUGUGGCUGCCACUUUACCCGCGUGAUGAAACUAAGACUUUAAGUUUCAUGUCCAAAAGAAUUAUGCUGCCGUUUAGGGUGGAUAUAUACCCAUUAGCCGUACUGUUUGAGGACGCUGUGAUAUUAGGAGCCGCCGGGGAUGCUUUAACUUACCAGCACAACUCCCCGAGUGAUGCCGCCUCCCCAAAGAAACCUACACAUUACCUCCCCUUCUGUAUACUGGAGAGAACUAGUCAAAUAUACCUACAUCAUAUUCUCAGACAGCUGUUACGGAGGAACCUGGGAGUGAAUGCACUUGACCUGGCCAGGAGUUGUACGGAGCUUUCAUACUUCCCCCACGUGCUGGAACUUCUACUACACGAAGUCCUGGAGGCAGAGGCCACGACUAAGGAACCCAUUCCUGACCCUUUACUGCCAAGAAUCGUUGCAUUUAUCCAGGAAUUCCCAGAAUUCCUACAGACUGUUGUCCAUUGUGCCAGGAAAACGGAGGUGGCUCUAUGGCCGUAUCUGUUUUCAUCUGUGGGAAACCCAAAGGACCUAUUUCAGGAGUGUUUGAUCAGUGGAAACUUAGAGACGGCAGCUUCAUACCUCAUCAUCCUACAAAAUCUGGAAAAACCCAUCGUCAGCAGACAGCAUGCCACCUUGUUACUUGAUUCAUCAUUGGAAAAAGGAAAAUGGGAUUUAGCUCGAGACUUGGUUCGAUUUCUUAAAGCAAUAGAUCCUUCAGAUGUUGACUCGCCCACCCACCUGUCCUCACAUGGUCGUGCCUCGGGCUACCCCAGCCCCCCCCUAUCCCCGCCUGACGCGGACGGCUUCAGCUUCACCAAUGUUAGCAAUGUCAGUAAUAUUAACCGUGUACGAAGCUCAAGUGUGACCUCUACAGACUUAGUUCAGAACGUCAAGGUCAAGGAAAAACUCAAACACACUGUUUCAGACAACCCAGCCCAUGGGAGAAGGAUGUCCCCAAAGCCUAAAGAUGAUUCCUCAGCCGACCAGGUAUAUAUAGAUAUUAUUCUGUGUCGCCACUGUCGACGCCUUACCGAGGCAAACAGGAUGCGAGACUUGGGCUACUUUGCCGCCAAUAUGGAGGAUUUUCAACUUGUGUCCUGGCUCAAACGAGAAAGGUUGCGAGCAGCGAAGGUUGAGGACUUCGUGACAGCUUUAAGGGACCUUCACCAGCAGUUCCAGUGGCCUUUCCCUAUACUAUCCUACUCUGCCUUCCAACAGCUUAAAAACAAAACAUUUUCAACUUCGAGUCUAGCUUCUGUGUCACUACUAGAGGAAGAGUUAGGGACAGAACUAGAUGGAUCUCCAGGGGAGAGAAGAGAGAGAGAAGAGGGAGGGACAUACAGCCAGUACCUGGGAAAUAAGCGACCGGGAUCUAACGACCAGAACAUAUCUCACUCCCUCUCCGACGACGUCUUCCUCAGACCACAGAUAUCACACACGGAGGAGAGCAGCCUAGCCACUAUGGAAGUGUCAGACAACAGUUCUCUACUGGGCGAGUUUGAGUACCUGGCUGAUGUCAGCAGCUGUAACGAACCUCUGUCACCGGAACUGGAGAUUCUCUCCCAAGAGAUGGCCAACAAGGGCCCUAUACAGUCAGAGCUGGAACUCAGGUACUUGCUCCAGAUAGCUUUAGAGGCAGGAUGUCUAGAGUGGGCACUCAUCUUCUCUGUAUUGCUGCGUGAUGCGUUGGCCGUGGUGAGGACCGUCAACACUGCCAGUAUGACAGACACACCCUUGGAGAUGGUGGCACGUAUGAGGGAAGGACUAUCUUACCUGGAACUGUGGUCAGAUACUGAGUGUCUGGGGUACAAGCCAUUCCUACACGCGAUUCGAGGACAGAUCCAUGUGUUAAAUAAACUGGUGGAACAGACACCUCCAACUCUACAGCUAAGCACCACGCCCCUAGAGAGCUCUCCUCUGGAUGAAGGUCAAAUAUCACCCGUGUUACAAGCCAUGCGCACCAUGGACAUUGAAACUGUGGUAGAGAAUGACAUUGAGAGCAAAGCCAAGGAGGAGAAGGGAAGUGAUUGUGUCAUAUCCUGAUAGUCAUUAUCAUAUCUCCCAAAUAUUUCUUGCAUUGACCAAAACACUUUGCUAUGGAAACAGCCAGCGGACCAAGAUUUACAUCAUCGUCAGUAUUCAUCAUAUGUUAUCUUGUCAUAUCAGUGAUCAGGACCCAGGAUCAUGAAGUGGUCUUUGACUUCAGUCAGACUUAAAAAUGAAAUAUUAAAACUUCAUUCUUAAGGAAAUUCCAAGUGCUGUUUGAUGUAUAUUAAUUGAAGGGUUCUGAUUUUGUUUGGCAGUUUUUCUGACUUUUUUUUCUGACUUUCUUGCCCAUUUACCACUGCAAAGAGUAUUUAUUUGUGAAAAAGAAAUAUGUCUGUUAUCACUUCCUGUUUUUCACAACAAAAUCUCUGCCCUGGGAUUUGACACUCGAAAUUCUUGAUAAAAAGCAGGAGGCUUAUCCACUACACAACAGGUUACAAUAUUUGGUUGGAAUACAUAGGAAAUGUAAUAAAUUUAAUAAAAACAAAAGCCAUGUAUACAGUAGGAAGGUGAUGAGACUCUUUACCUUAAGUCUAAAUUCUUCAUGAUCCUGUAGCUCGAUUUGUCAUGGGAUCGCUCGGGUGAUCUGUUGCAUCAAAUCAUGAUGAUGUUGAUUCAAAUUAUCGCUGGAGAUAUCCGCAUUUCCUCGCUGUGGUGAGAUACCUCGUCACAAUGUUAGAUCUAUGUAAGGAUAGAUAUCCGCAUUUCCUCGCUGUGGUGAGAUACCUCAUCGCAAUGUUAGAUCUAUGUAAGUUUAGAUAUCUCUCAUUUCCUUGCUGUGGUGAGAUACCUCGUCACAAUGUUAGAUCUAUGUAAGGAUAGAUAUCUGUCAUUUCCUCGCUGUGGUGAGAUACCUCAUCACAAUGUUAGAUCUAUGUAAGGAUAGAUAUCUGUCAUUUCCUCGCUGUGGUGAGAUACCUCAUCACAAUGUUAGAUCUAUGUAAGUUUAGAUAUCUGUCAUUUCCUCGCUGUGGUGAGAUACCUCGUCACAAUGUUAGAUCUAUGUAAGGAUAGAUAUCUGUCAUUUCCUCGCUGUGGUGAGAUACCUCAUCACAAUGUUAGAUCUAUGUAAGUUUAGAUAUCUGUCAUUUCCUCGCUGUGGUGAGAUACCUCGUCACAAUGUUAGAUCUAUGUAAGGAUAGAUAUCUGUCAUUUCCUCGCUGUGGUGAGAUACCUCAUCACAAUGUUAGAUCUAUGUAAGUUUAGAUAUCUGUCAUUUCCUCGCUGUGGUGAGAUACCUCGUCACAAUGUUAGAUCUAUGUAAGGAUAGAUAUCUGUCAUUUCCUCGCUGUGGUGAGAUACCUCAUCACAAUGUUAGAUCUAUGUAAGUUUAGAUAUCUGUCAUUUCCUCGCUGUGGUGAGAUACCUCGUCACAAUGUUAGAUCUAUGUAAGGAUAGAUAUCUGUCAUUUCCUCGCUGUGGUGAGAUACCUCAUCACAAUGUUAGAUCUAUGUAAGUUUAGAUAUCUGUCAUUUCCUCGCUGUGGUGAGAUACCUCGUCACAAUGUUAGAUCUAUGUAAGGAUAGAUAUCUGUCAUUUCCUCGCUGUGGUGAGAUACCUCGUCACAAUGUUAGAUCUAUGUAAGUUUAGAUAUCUGUCAUUUCCUCGCUGUGGUGAGAUACCUCGUCACAAUGUUAGAUCUGUGUAAGGACAGAUAUCUGUCAUUUCCUCGCUGUGUCGAGAUACCUCGUCACAAUGUUAGAUCUGUGUAAGGAUAGAUAUCUGUCAUUUCCUCGCUGUGGUGAGAUACCUCGU